AUGUCCGUACGUUUUUCUUCUGCCUCCAGACGUCGUGGUUCCUGCGGUGGAGCCAGCUCUGUGCGCCUCUCCAGUGGGGGAGCAGGAAAUGCCUGUGGGGUGCCAGGCAUUGGAAGUGGCUUCUCUUGUGCAUUUGGGGGCAGCUCCUCUGCAGGAAGCUAUGGAGGUGGCCUGGGUGCGGGGAACACUUCCUUUGCCGCCUUCACCGGGAAUGAAAAUGGCCUGCUCUCCGGGAACGAAAAAGUGACCAUGCAGAACCUCAAUGACCGCUUGGCCUCCUACCUGGAGAACGUGAGAGCACUGGAAGAGGCCAACGCUGACUUGGAGCAGAAGAUCAAAGGGUGGUAUGAGAAAUUUGGGCCUGGUUCUUGCCGUGGUCUUGAUCAUGAUUACAGCAGGUAUUUCCCAAUAAUUGAUGACCUGAAGAGCCAGAUAAUCUCUGCAACUACAAGCAAUGCCCAUGUGGUCCUGCAAAAUGAUAAUGCUAGGCUAACCGCUGAUGACUUCAGACUAAAGUAUGAAAAUGAAUUGGCCCUUCACCAGAGUGUGGAGGCUGAUGUGAGCAGCCUGCGCAGGGUACUGGACGAGCUGACACUGUGCAGAACCGACCUGGAGAUCCAGGUGGAAACUCUGAGUGAGGAGUUGGCUUACCUCAAGAAGAACCAUGAAGAGGAAAUGCAGGCGCUGCAGUGCGCGGCCGGAGGCAACGUGAACGUGGAGAUGAACGCGGCGCCCGGUGCGGACCUCACCGUGCUGCUCAACAACAUGCGUGCCGAGUACGAGGACCUGGCCGAGCAGAACCGCAGGGACGCCGAGGCCUGGUUCAAUGAGAAGAGUGCCACCCUGCAGCAGCAGAUCUCCGACGACGCUGGGGCCACCAGCUCUGCCCGCAAUGAACUUACCGAGAUGAAAAGAACUCUUCAAACCCUGGAAAUCGAGCUUCAGUCCCUUUUAGCCAUGAAACACUCUCUGGAGUGCUCCCUCACCGAGACAGAGGGCAACUAUUGCACUCAGCUGGCCCAGAUCCAGGCCCAGAUCAGCGCCCUGGAGGAGCAGCUGCAGCAGGUCAGAACCGAGAUGGAAGGCCAGAAGCUAGAGUAUGACCAGUUGCUGGAUAUCAAGGUUCACUUGGAGAAAGAAAUUGAGACCUAUUGCCAUCUGAUAGAUGGAGAAGAUAGCUCUUGUGUCAAAUCAAAAGGUUAUGGAGGACCAGGAACUCAGAUAAAAGAGUCAACUAAAGCCACCAUGGUUAAAACAAUUGUUGAAGAAAUCGAUCCUCGUGGCAAAGUUCUCUCAGCCAGAGUUCACACUCUGGAAGAGAAAUCCACCAAAGUCAACAAUGUGAAGAUUGAGCAGAGAGUGCCUUCCUGA